GAGGUGACAUUUUUCUUUUGACCAAAGUUUUCCACUCUGAAAGGAUGUUAGGGGUUUUGCUGCUUGUUUUCUCCUUGGUUGCCCUAGCUCAUGCUGAGCUGUGCAGGCCAGAUGCACAAAAUGCUUUCAAAGUAAGGCUUAGUAUCAAAACAGCUUUGGGAGAUAAUGCAUAUGCCUGGGAUGCAAGUGAAGAAUACCUGUUCAAGGCAAUGGUAGCUUUUGCCAUGAGAAGAUAUUCCAACAAAGAAACAACUCAAAUUUCCAAUGUGCUGCUUUGCAAUAUGACAGAGAGGGUGUCAUUUUGGUUUGUGGUCACAGACUCUUCCAAAAAUGUGACAACUGUUCCUGGAAGUGAAGUAGAAGCAGCCAUAAGGAUGAACAGAAACAGAAUCAACAGUGCCUUCCUACUGACAGACAACACGCUGCAGUUCUUGAAGAUUUCUUCUACUUUAUCACCACCCAUUGAACCCACUGUGCCUGUCUGGCUUAUCGUGUUCAGUGUUGUUCUUUGCCUCGUUGGGGCGGGAAUUCUUUUUCUUGUUUUGUCAGGAAUCCGGCAACGCAGAAAAAAUAAUAAUGAGUCUGCAGAGAACGGAGAUUUAGAAGACAAAUGUGACACACCAGUGACUACAGAAAAUGGAAUUCCCUGUGAUAUACUAGAUUUAAAAACAGGCCGGAUCAACGGAGUCUAUACAGCAGAUGAUGAACGGUUCACACCAUUAUAAAAUGUUACAGUUUCUUUUUGGCUUCUUGAGGAGAAACUGUGACAAUUUUUAUCUAGUCAUGACUGAUGAAUAUCAAACCUCAAGGCAAGAAAAAUUUGACUUGUCAGUUAUUUUUCCUUGAGAGAAACUUUCCUUGAUAAAACACAAACACACAAAUUGGUAUUACAAAGCUAAAGCAAAUGUGAUGACAUCCAUGCAAUUGUUGUUCAUUAAACAUUUACAAGAAGUGUGAGGUGGAA